UCAAAUUGAGAUGAUAGGCUUUGACCAAUCCGCUAUUUGUUGGGCGGAGUUCUCCAAGUACUUCAAAGCAAGUUAGUGUGGCGACGCAGACUGUGAACAAAACUGCUACGCUUUGUAAGGUCUUCAGUCUGCUGCGGAUUGUCUGAACUGGUAGUAGAUAUAAAGCGGCCAUGACAAAGGACCCAAACAAGCCUAGAGGCAAAACCUCCUCUUAUGCAUUUUUUGUGGCAACUUGCCGUGAGGAGCACAAAAAGAAGCACCCCGGAGCCAGUGUGGGAUUCGCAGAGUUUUCCAAGAAGUGCUCUGAAAGAUGGAAGACUAUGUCUGGCAAGGAAAAGCAAAAGUUUGAGGAGAUGGCAAAGAAUGACAAGGUGCGGUAUGACAGAGAGAUGAAAACUUAUGUUCCUCCAAAAGGUGCUAAGAAAGGAAAGAAGAAGAAGGACCCUAAUGCCCCCAAGAGGCCCCCGUCUGCAUUUUUCGUCUUCUGUUCGGAGCACCGACCCAGGAUCAAGGAAGAGAACCCUGGUAUCUCAAUUGGUGACAUUGCCAAGAAGCUUGGAGAGUUGUGGUCUACGCAGGGUCCUAAAGACAAGGCGCCAUAUGAGGCUAAGGCUGCCAAACUGAAGGAGAAAUAUGAGACUGAUGUUGCUGCUUACAGAGCAACAGGUGGCUCAGGGAAAACUGAUGCAGGCAAAAAGAGUGGCCCAGGUAGGCCCAAGAAAGCCCAACCUGUUGAAGAGGAUGAUGAUGAUGAUGAUGAUGAUGAAGAAGAAGAUGAUGAUGACGACGAUGAUGAUUAAGCAAAUGGUUAUGCAUGUAUUGUUUGCAAUGCAUUAAGCUAAAUUCUUUUGUUGCGUGGAUGUUCAAGACUUAUAGCCUGCUGUCCCUGUUGAUCAGCCUCUUUGGGUUGUCGGUUCUGUAUUCCUUGUCAAAUUCAGGGAUUUUGUGAUUUUUAUUUUUUUUUUUUUUUUUUUUCAAUUAGACCCCAUAAUUUCUUUAGAUCCUUGUUGCUUUAUCAAAAUGGUCAACUUUUGUUUGGUUGUACCAGGUUAAUAUUACAAAGGACUUAACCUGUGCAAUGGUCGCUGGACAGCAAGGUUUUAAAGAAAUGUUCUGCUUCUCAAGCACUGGUUAGGUUUUUGUGGUGCUGUUUGUUCACUGUCAUUUUAAUCAGACUUCUAGUUUGACUUAAAAAAUCCAGCUGUUUUAAUAUUAAGACCUUCAAUGUAGAGCAGAUUUUUUUUUUUUUUUGUAAUAAAAUUUUGUAUAUUGGUUA